AUGCUAGGAUUUAUAGGAGUGCGAGCAUCUUUGAGGUCGGUAAAUAUCCAGACUGCCUUAAGAGCAAGCAGGUCAAUUUCGUUGGUCCCAGAUCUUUCAAAGCUCAAGCUGAAAGAACAGCCUCCAGGAUACAUCAUUGGAACGGUUAACGAUGCGUACACCCCACCUGAUAUGGACCAAUAUCACGGUUCUUUCCACUGGUCUUAUGAUAGGGUCAUUGCAACUGCUAUGGUUCCGCUGACCCUGGCGCCUUUUGUUGCCGGUGUGGAUAUUCCGCUGGUUGACACCCUUCUCUCUUCGCUGAUUCUGUUCCAUUCGAGAGCUGGUUUCCAGAGUUGUAUCACGGAUUAUAUACCGAAGAGGGUUUAUGGUGUCUGGCACAAAGUGGCUAUGGGACUUUUGAAUCUGGGCUCUUGGGUUUCUAUUUACGGUAUAUAUCUUUUGGAGACGGAGGGAAACGGGCUUUUCAAUCUGGUGAAUCAGAUUUGGAUUAGCUAG